AUGUCGUCAGGCGGCGAAACGACCGGUGAGAGGCCAGAAAAUCUCGGGUUACGCAAUGCGUCGUUGGAACCGGGUCUGAAGAACACACGCACGACACGCCAUGGAGAUGGCUUCCUACUAUGCACAUAUAAUGCCAAAGCACUCUCUACAGUCUCCGAUCUUUACACCCUUUCUGUAGCCGCAGAUCGCAUUAAAUUUCAUGUGAUCGCAUUACAAGAAACAAAAAUCAGGAAGACCGGCAUACGCCAACUAAACAACGGGACCCUUGUGAUCGGUGGAGAAAAGGUCCCGUCACGAAAUGGCGGUGGCGUAGGCUUUGCCGUCUACCCGUCCAUUGUCCAUCUCGUCGACUCAUACGUGAUCCUUUCGCCUUGCAUAGCCGUCCACCGUCUUCAAGUGUCGCAUCAUAAGAAGAUCACUAUCAUCAACUGCUACUCACCGACAGACGCAGCUGAUGAGGUAAAGAUAGUGCAUGUGAAUCAACAGUACGAACUUGUCCUUCCUUCUGUUCCUGAAAUUCCGAUCUCACCUCAAGAUAAGGAAGGCCGUGGACGUCCCAAUGAACUUGACCACGGCGAAUUGAAGGCACUCUUCUUCGGACAUUCACUUGGUGGAGCGAAAGCGGAGAUGUCUGCUUUGUCAAUGCUUUUCAAGAGACUGAUCUCACAGAACAAAGUUCGCCUUCUUACGUUUGGAUCGACUCGAGUCGGAGAUAUGUCGUUUGUUCAACUCAUUGAAACUCUGGUGCCUUACCGUUUCCGAAUUGUGCACGGUCGUGAUAUGGUGCCACACUAUCCUAGAAAGUUUGAUGGUGAAUGGACUCCACCACAUCACCAUCGCUACGAAGUGUGGUAUCCUAAUGGAAUGCGUCGUGGCGCUAAGUAUGUUGUCUGCCUCGGAGCGGAGGAUCCUCAGUGUAGUUGCCGAUUAUCUCCAUGGGAAAUACGUGCUUCUGACAACGACAUUUAUUUUGGACGGACACUGUCAAAGCCUCCGCCUUUACGAGCGAUAUCAUCUCAGUACAAGGAACAGAAGAAGAAAAUGUGA